UUGCGCGACACCAAUGUUGUAGAUUAACUUGUUAUUAAGGACUAAAAGAUUCUUAAGAGAGGAAAGCGCAACUGUAGAGUACAAAAAGUUGGAAGAAUGACGGCAUUACCACAAUUGGACGACGAUAAAUUGAAGUUGGUGCAGGACUUGGAAAUAGAAAUGAUGUCGGAUAUGUAUAACCGCAUGACAUCCGCAUGCCACAGGAAGUGCAUAGCACCAAAAUAUACUGAGGCUGAACUAGGCAAAGGAGAAUCAAUAUGUCUAGAUCGUUGUAUCGCUAAAUACUUAGAUAUUCACGAACGUAUCGGUAAGAAACUCACACAGAUUUCGAUGCAAGAAGCAAAAAUUGCAGAGCAACCGAAAACGAGUUAAAUCUGUUACCAUUAGUUGCAUUUGAUAAGAUCACGACUUAUCCGUUACAAAAUGUCUUCAAUUUCUCUUCAGUUACGACACAGUUUACCAAGGCCUUGUAACCUGAAUUAAAAUUACUGACAAACCGUAGUAUCAUUCUGUAUUAAAAUUUGUGAAUAAACUGAAUGUUAUGACAUGAUA